AUGUACGCCCAUAUCAAGAACGGCGACAUAAGGAAAUGGCUCGCCGACUCAUUCAUCAAAUGGUCCUUCACACCCCCGGCCAGCCCUUGGGAAGGAGGAUUUUUCGAACGUCAAGUCCAGUCGGUGAAGAGACCGCUCAGAAAGGUCCUCGGGACCAACGUCCCUCACUUCAGGGACCUCGAGGUCAUUCUGUCGGGAAUUGAAGCCAUGGUGAACCGGCGACCGAUAACCACAGUCCCAUCGGAUACAGACGAUCCAGAAGCACUCAGCCCCGCUGAUCUCAUGUUUGGUUAUCGCGGAAAUUCCCUCUUCCCUCAGCACGCAUUGAGACCGGAAACCGCGGCUCAAGCCGACAUGAUAAUAUUCUCCAGGCGCUGGAAAUACCAACAAAAGAUCCUCAAUGCAUUCUGGAAACGCUUCCAAGGGGAAUACCUCCAGUUUCUGAGGACAGCACACAACCGACUCCCCGUCGAGGCUCGACCUUUGCAUAUCGGAGACAUUUGCCUUCUCGAGGACACGAACAACAACCGAGCCCUAUGGCCGCUCUGCCGGGUCGUGGCAUUCCCUGAGAACAUUAAACCGGAGAAUGCUCGAUCAUGCAAGAUAAAAACUGCACGAGGACAAACGCUGGUUCGACCGAUAAAGGAACUGUACCCAAUCGUCUCCCCCGAUCCACAGGGUCAAAACGCCGCACUCGAAUAG